AUGUCCCACAAUCAAUCAAGGGGGGAGAGGAACGAGUCCGCACAGUUCAGGAAAACCGGUCGAUCAGUGAGCUCCAAUCAGCACCGUCAGUUCUCAGGCGGCGUCGCCAGUAAGCGCGGUGGUGGCUCCUCCGCCCCUCCCAACCCUCCCAACCGCAGUUUUAAGAAGUAUAAUAGCAAUGCUCCAGUAGGGCAGCUGAACGAAAGGAGCCCUCAUGUGGACUUUAGCAAUUCACCUGCAGCCCGUGCUGCGGAGAAUGGUGCGUAUCAACAGCAGCCAACUCAGAGAGUAUCUGAUGCACCAGUAAUCAGUAACCCUCCUGAUGUCAGGCCAACCUAUGCCCCUGCUCAAAAAAUCACCCGAGCUGUUCCUGGAGCUCCUUCGUCUAAUGUUUCAUCUGCAGCUCCAUCAUCUAAUGUUUCUGGUACUACCUCUGAGCCCAAUGCUCCAAAAACACCUGAGAAAGCUCCAGGAGAUGCAUCCAAAUCAUUUCCGCUGCAGUUUGGGUCCAUCAGUCCUGGCUUUAUGAACGGAAUGCAGAUACCUGCUCGAACAAGCUCAGCACCACCAAAUUUGGAUGAGCAGAGAAAAGCCCAGGCUCGCCAUGAGUCUUUACGAACUACUCCUGCAGCUCCAGUUCCAUCAGUCCCCAAUCAGCAUUCGAAAAAGAUUGAUCCAUCGAAUACUGGUGAAAGCCAGCAAGUUCCGAAAUCCAAGAGGAAUGCCCAAGUUUUAGCUCCACCACCUGUUGCCACUCAAACUCAGAAGCCUUCUUUGCAUCCGAAUUCGACCGGCAUGCCCAUGCAACUGCCGUUUCACCAGCCACAAGUUCCCGUGCCACAAAUCCAGUCUCAAGCCAUACCGGGAACAUCAUUGCCAGUGCCAAUGCCAAUGACCUUACCUAUUGGUAGCCCACCAGUACAGCAUUCGAUGUUUGUUCCAGGUCUCCAGCCACACCCUAUGCAAUCCCAGGGAAUGAUGCAUCAGGGCCAAAGCUUCAGCUUUUCACCACAAAUGGGUCCUCAGCUACCUCCUCAGUUGGGCAGUAUUGGAAUGAAUAUGCCCCCUCAGUUCCCUCAGCAGUCUCCUGUAAAAUAUAGUGGUUUGCGGAAGACGGUGAAAAUUACUCAUCCGGAAACUCACGAGGAAUUGAAGCUUGACAGUUUACCCAACCCAAGGUUACAUCCGAAUGUGCAGUCUCAGUCACAGGCUAUUUCCUCAUUUCCUCCUAAUAUGCCAAUGAACUUCUAUCCCCCGAAUUCCUAUAGUGCAUCUUCCGUCUUUUUCCCAGCCACGAGCUCUAACACUCAGGUUCCUCCCGUUUCACAGUCGCCAAGGCUCUAUAACCAGGUUACCGUGAAACCACCCAUUGGCUCCCAUGGGGAUAAGGAGCCACUGCAAUUGACUAGUUCAGUUUCUGUUGGGAAGGCAGAAUCUUCAAAAUCCUCAGGGUUACACGUUGAGGAUCUUCAUAAGGAAGCUAACACUUCGUCAUCGAGCUGUUCACAACAAGCAAAACCUGGUUACGGAGCAACACCUGCUUCGGCUGUCUCAACAGGUCCUGUCCUUACAGAGAGAAAUGGGGCCCUUGUUUCAGCUUCUGUACCCGUGGAUGGGUCUGCAUCAGCUUCAACAAGCUCCUCUAUGGAUGUAAGAGUUGGAGUGGUUGCGCUUGAAUCUGUCAAAGAUAUACAUAAAAUAAUAGGUGGUCCUGGCCAGGAGGAUCAGGUGGGCAGUCUGUCGACCUCUCGAUCAAGUUUUCCUUCUCAACUUCCCGAGGCUGAGGCAAAAUCUGCUUCAUCAGGAUCUAGUUUGGUAUCUGACGCUAAAGAAUCAAAGCCUGAGACAGUAGGUGGAAAUAAAGAAAGGGAACCCACAUUUGAAGACUCGAAGCCGCAUCACCAUAGCCUUGAAACAACUGUGAAGUCACUUACUUUGGAAUCUCCAAAAAAAACAGGUAAAGUAGAGGAGACCUCUGAUCGGGAGGUCAAAACCCCCACUGCUAAUGUUUUGGAACAUUCACAAGAAAAACGAGGAGAUGAUGCUAGUGUGCAUGUUAACCCUGCGGUGCUUGCUCACUCAUCAGUUGGUCCAAAUACUGAGAGUUCUGUUUCAGCUACUGGCUUACCCGUGCGGGAUGAGAAGAUUGAUAAUUCAGAUGUGUCGUUAAGUUUACCUCAUAAGACGAAUGAUGCAGGAGAAAUAUCUGCUGAAAAGUAUUCUGAACAGAAGCCUGCACCUGUAUCAGUUCCAUCCCUUUCUGAGGAUGCUUUAAAAUCUGAAAAUGAAGAUAAUGACAGUAUCAGUGGUGAAUUGGUCUCCCCUUCCCCAUCCAUUUCCAAGGAUAAAGUUGUGUCAGAUGUCAAUGUAGCAAAAAGUGCUGUUCCCAGAGGUAAGAAGAAAAAGAAAGAUUUAUAUAAAAAAGCAGAGGCUGCCGGUCCAAGUUCUGAUCUGUAUAUGGCAUACAAGGGUCCCGAGGAAAAAAAAGAAAGUAUAAAUCUGGCAGAGGGCUCAGAAAACUCUUCAAGCGUUGGUGAGAAGCAGAAAAAUACUGAUGUAAUCCCAGAGAACACUGUGCCGCCACAUCAACACCCUGCUCAGAGUAAAGUGGAGCCAGAUGAUUGGGAAGAUGCUGCUGAAAUCUCUACUCAGUUGGAAACAUCAAAGAAUGAAAACCAGGGGGAUGAUAGAGAUGACAAUGAAUUUUCUAAAAAAAAGUACUCACGGGAUUUCCUUCUGAAAUUUAUCGAGCUAUGCACUGAUCUCCCGGAUGAUUUUCAGAUUACAUCCAACAGAGACGCACUAAGGGUUUCUGGUCUUAACGUGCCGCGCGAACCAACCCCUAGCCCAGGACGUAAUUCUGAAAGGCAUGGUGGAGGAUCUAGAGUAGAUCGCCGGGCGAGUGGCUUAGGAGAUGAGGACAAAUGGAGUAAAUAUCCUGGUCCAAUAAUGCUAGGGGCGCAGGGAGAUAUGUGGAUGAAUCCUGGGUAUAUAAAUAACGUAAUCGGUCUUCGACCUGGACAAGGAGGUAAUUAUGGUGUUCUACGAAAUCCUCGGGCUCAGGCAGCUGUCCAGUAUGCCGGGGGCAUCCUAGGUGGGCCGAUGCAGUCCUUUGGUCCUCAGGGUGGUUUGCAAAGAAAUAAUUCAGAUUCUGAUAGGUGGCAGCGUGGAACUGGAUUUCAUAAGGGUUUGAUGCCUUCUCCUCAUGCUCCAAUGCAGGUGAUGCACAAAGCUGAGAAGAAGUAUGAGGUGGGUAAGUCUACUGACGAGGAAGAAGCAAAACAGAGGCAGUUGAAGGGCAUCUUGAACAAACUUACCCCUCAAAAUUUCGAAAAACUGUUCGAGCAGGUGAAACAAGUGAACAUCGACAAUGUUAUUACACUGUCUGGGGUUAUUUCACAGAUUUUUGAUAAAGCCCUGAUGGAGCCCACCUUCUGCGAGAUGUACGCCAACUUCUGCUUUCACCUAGCCGCAGAUUUACCAGAGCUGACUGUGGAGGGUGAAAAAAUUACUUUCAAAAGAUUACUCCUGAACAAAUGCCAGGAGGAGUUUGAAAGGGGAGAAAGAGAGGAACUAGAGGCAAAUAAAGCUGAGGAAGAAGGUGAAGUCAAACAGACACCAGAAGAAAGAGAGGAGAAGAGACUCAAAGCAAGAAGACGCAUGCUAGGCAAUAUUAGGCUCAUUGGAGAGCUGUAUAAGAAGCGAAUGUUGACCGAGAGAAUAAUGCACGAGUGCAUAAAUAAGCUGUUGGGCCAGUACGAUAAUCCCGAUGAGGAAAAUAUUGAAGCCCUGUGUAAAUUGAUGAGCACGAUAGGUGAGAUGAUUGAUCAUUUCAAAGCAAAGGUGCACAUGGAUGCAUAUUUUGACAUCAUGGCAAAGUUAUCCAAUGACAUGAAACUCUCUUCCCGAGUGAGAUUCAUGCUGAAGGAUGCUAUUGACCUUAGGAAGAAUAAGUGGCAGCAAAGGAGGAAAAUUGAAGGCCCGAAAAAGAUUGAAGAGGUGCACAGGGAUGCUGCUCAAGAGCGUCACGCACAAACUACUAGGCUUUCCCGCGUUCCAAGCAUGGGUAAUCCUGUUAGACGGGGCCCCCCGUCUAUGGAAUUUGCUCCAAGAUCUCCUAUGUUACCUUCACCAGGUUCGCAGGUGGGUAGUUUCCGUGUUGUACCCUCUCAGCUACGUGGUGGUUAUGGGUCUCAGGAUGCUAGGAUGGAUGAAAGGCAUUUAUCCGAUAACGCAAGGACCAUGGCUGCUCCUCUACCCCAAAGACCCCUUGGUGAUGAUUCCAUUACUCUUGGGCCUCAAGGUGGUCUUGCCAGGGGAAUGGCUUUCAGAGGGCAGCCUAAUAUUCCUUCGGCUGAGAUGAUGUCAAGUUCAGGUGAUGCUCGAAGGUUGGGUCCUGGCCAGAAUGGCUUCAAUUCCAUGCCACAGAGAUCGGCUUAUGGCCAAAGGGAGGAUGUUGUACCCGCUGCUCAAAGUUACAACCUUUCUCAUCCUCAGGAGCGGGAUAUUGCCCAUGAGAAUCGUGAGAUUAGGAAUUCUGAUCGGAACCUUGAUAGAUCUCUGCCUACUUCUCCACGUGCUCAUGGUUGGCAAUCGGGUAGUACACAAGUUUUGUCUUCGGAUAAGGUGUGGCCGGAAGAGCAUUUGCAAGAUAAGUCCAUGGCUACUAUUAAAGAAUACUACAGUGCAAGAGAUGAGAAAGAGGUUGCUUUGUGCAUAAAUGAUUUGAAUACCCCCAGCUUUCAUCCAUCAAUGAUCUCCAUCUGGGUUACUGAUUCUUUUGAGAGGAAGGACAUGGAAAGGGAUUUGUUGACAAGGCUUCUGAUCAACCUUACGAAACCUCAAGAUGGGAUGAUAAGUACAGAUCAACUCGUCAAAGGGUUUGAAUCUGUUCUCGACGUGUUGGAGGAUGCCGUUAAGGAUGCCCCUAAAGCAGCAGAGUUCCUCGGCCGUAUUUUCGCCAAAGUAAUUUUGGAGAACAUAAUUCCACUUUCUAAAAUCGGGCAAUUGAUAUAUGAAGGUGGAGAAGAGCAAGGGCGGCUCGUGAAAACUGGGCUUGCAGCUGAAGUCCUCGGAAGUAUUUUGGACAUUAUCAAACUAGAAAAAGGAGACUCAGUAUUAAACGAGAUGCGCUCGAGCUCUAAGCUGCAGCUUGACAAGUUCAGGCCUCCAGGCUCUAACAAAACCUUGAGAAUAGACAAGUUUGUUUAG